AUGGCCACCUUUCGAUAUGAACCAGUGACUGAAAUUGGUGUCGGUGCCUAUGGGAUGGUGUACAAGGCCCGAGAUCCCCACAGUGGCCACUUUGUGGCCCUCAAGAGUGUGAGAGUUCCUAAUGGAGAAGGAGCUGGAGAGGGCCUUCCUGUCAGCACAGUUCGUGAGGUGGCCUUACUGAGGAGGCUGGAAGCCUUUGAGCACCCCAAUGUUGUACGGCUGAUGGACGUCUGUGCUACUUCUCGAACUGAUCGCGACAUCAAGGUCACCCUAGUGUUCGAGCACAUUGACCAGGACCUAAGGACUUACUUGGAGAAAGCGCCCCCGCCAGGCUUGCCAGUGGAGACCAUCAAGGACCUGAUGCGUCAGUUUCUAAGCGGCCUGGAUUUCCUUCAUGCAAAUUGUAUUGUUCACAGAGACCUGAAGCCAGAGAACAUUCUGGCGACAAGUAAUGGGACAGUCAAGCUGGCUGACUUUGGUCUCGCCAGAAUCUACAGCUACCAGAUGGCCCUCACACCUGUGGUUGUUACACUCUGGUACUGGGCCCCUGAAGUUCUUCUGCAGUCUACAUAUGCAACCCCUGUGGGUAUGUGGAGUGUCGGCUGUAUCUUUGCAGAGAUGUUUCGACGAAAGCCCCUCUUCUGCGGAAGCUCUGAAGCGGACCAGUUGGGCAAAAUCUUCGAUCUCCUUGGCUUGCCGCCAGAAGAUGACUGGCCUCAAGAGGUGUCUCUGCCCCGAGGAGCCUUUUCCCCCAGAGGGCCUUGGCCGGUGCAGUCAGUGGUGCCAGAGAUGGAGGAAGCUGGAGCACAACUGCUGCUGGAAAUGCUGACUUUUAACCCACAUAGGAGAAUCUCUGCCUUCCGCGCUCUGCAGCACCCUUAUCUGCACAAGGAAGAAGGCGACCCGGAGUGAGAAGAGUGGCCGCCUUUCUACACUUCUGGACACUUGAGUGGGAAGGACCUCGCCAAAAGGGCAG